CGAAAUCAUUUGCUAUAAAUGCUAAAGGCAUACAGAAAACCUAAGCUUUGAAUUUAGAUUUUUUAAAUAAACAAAUACUGUUAGCAAAAUGUUUUUUAAGAUUCUUGCUUUGUUGCUGUUAAUGCAAGGUAUCGAACCAUUUGGUUAUUUAUCAGCUGGCCCUGAUACCGAAUUUUUUAGUUCAAAAACCAAUUUGAGUCGGCCAAUCUCUAGAAGAGAAAUUUCAAACCCAAAGGGUAUUGAACCAUUUGGUUAUUUAUCACCUGGCUCUGAUACCGAUUUAUUUAGUUCAAAAACCAAUUCGAGCCUACCAAUCUCAAGAAGAGAAAUUUUAAACCCAAAGGGUAUUAAGCCACUGAGUGUUUUAUCAACCGGUAUUAAAACCGAUUUGUUCAGUUUGGAAACAAAGCUAAGCAAGUUAAUAUUCAAAAGAGAAAUUCUAAACUCAAAGAUUAAUAAACGAGAUGCAAAUAGCUAUCGACUGGGUAAAGAAUUUGAAAACUACAAAACGAAAUUCCAGCAUUCCCGAACAAGUAAGAAAAUGGAUUAUAAGUAAAUGAGACAUUGAAAUAUUAGAAGUUGAUUUUGCACAAUAACACGAUCGAUUGCAAAGACUCGAUUGAUCUUAAAAAGUAAAAAAGAAGAGUUUUUUUCUUUCGUUGUUUAUCAAACAAUAUUUGUAUAACUUAGAACUUGAAAUCUUUUUCUUAAACAUAUCUUGGCUUUACAAUUUUUAAUAACUAAAUCUUUACAUUUGAAGAACGCAAUUGUUUUUUUUAUUAGUUUUUUUGUA